AUGAUCGACCCGUGGUACUUCUUCCACCCUUACGACGGUCAAGUUCUACUCAAACCAUUACGAUUCAACAGGAGACUUUUGGCCACAAUGCCCAUACAAGCUCUUGGUGUCACAAAGACCCUUCCUGGUGCCGCAACAUGGAGAGACGAGGAAAUGUUAACAUUCGUCAAAGGUGUAACGUCGACAGGAUAUCACUAUUCUGGUACUUGCGCCAUGCUAGUAAAGGCACUUGAGGGCGUUGUUGACUCGGAACUCAAGGUCCAUGGAGUCGAUAUUUUGAGGAUCGUGGUCAAUGCUAGCAUCAUGCCUCUUUCGCAACCGACACUUGCCAGCGGAUAUUAUACUGGGGAAACAGUGCCUUCCUCGAAUCGCUAUCCAACCGCGUCCAGCAAUGAUGCCAGCACGGCGGCGCGUAGGCAUGCAGACCGGGCCGCGGGCAUGGUCUGUGGACUGCUUAAAGUUGGCGGGAAUUCGAAGUGGAUGUAA